AUGUCGACGUGGGGCGACUACUUCCGAGUCACCACCUAUGGCGAGUCUCACUGCCGCUCAGUCGGCUGCAUCGUCGACGGCUGCCCCCCGGGCAUGGCUUUGACUGAGGAUGAUAUCCAGCCUCAAAUGACCCGACGGAGACCAGGCCAGAGCGCUCUUACCACGCCACGCAAUGAAAAGGAUCGAGUUGAGAUCCAGUCGGGGACAGAAUUCGGCUUUACUCUCGGCACGCCCAUUGGCUUGAUUGUUCGCAAUGAGGACCAACGGCCCAAGGAUUAUGGCGGCAGCACAAUGGAUCUGUAUCCUCGCCCUAGCCAUGCCGACUACACCUACCUUGAGAAGUACGGAGUCAAGGCUAGCAGUGGAGGAGGUCGCAGCAGUGCCCGCGAGACUAUUGGCCGUGUUGCCGCGGGUGCCAUUGCUGAGAAAUACCUGAAACUCGCCCACAAUAUUGAGAUUGUCGCCUUUGUUUCGUCCGUGGGAAAUGAGCAUCUUUUCCCUCCAUCCGCGGAGCAUCCUUCGUACUCGACGAAUCCCGAAUUCUUGAAGCUAAUCAAAAAUAUUGACCGCCAAACCGUAGAUGAGCACGCGCCAGUCCGAUGCCCCGACACAGACGCUUCUGCGCGCAUGACCAAGGUAAUUGAGGACUUCCGCGACAAUCACGACAGUAUCGGAGGCACCGUGAUGUGUGUGAUUCGCAACGUUCCGGUUGGUCUGGGUGAGCCCUGUUUCGACAAGCUAGAAGCACAGCUGGGUCAUGCUAUGAUGAGUAUCCCGGCUACCAAGGGCUUUGAAAUCGGUUCUGGGUUUGGCGGCUGUGAGGUUCCAGGAUCAAUCCACAACGAUCCUUUCAUCGUCGCUCCAGAAGUUCCCGAGAACGCGGCCGGCGCUGGAGACGCGAACAAGAAGCGAUUGGCCACAAAGACAAACAAUUCUGGAGGAAUCCAGGGUGGCAUCAGCAACGGUGCCGAUAUUUACUUCCGUAUCGCUUUCAAGCCUCCUGCCACUAUUGGCCAGGCUCAGACGACCACUACCUAUGACUUCACAGAAGGCACGCUCGAGGCCAAGGGCCGCCACGACCCUUGCGUUGUUCCUCGCGCUGUGCCAAUCGUCGAGGCCAUGUCUGCACUUGUGAUCAUCGAUGCUCUGAUGGCACAAAAAUCUCGCGAAGCUUCAAAAAGUCUGCUCCCACCGUUGCCCACAACUUUGCCGCUUCGGCCUGAGGCUACCAACAGUCAAUGA